UCAGUGAUCAUGUUCCCACCAAGACUACCCACACCUCCUGGAUCAGAACCCAUUCCAUCGCUCAUCUUGUGUGCCGAUGGUGGUGGUUCUAAAGUAUGUGUCGUGAUCCGUUCAAGAGAUGGAGUGGAAGGUAGAGGAACAGCUGGACCUUGUAACGUACAAAGCGUCGGUCCCGGUCCAGCUAUACAAGCAUUACUUCUAGCUACCUAUCGAGCUCUUUCCCAACUCCCCCGACCUUAUCUUCCCGCAGGAUUGAAAAUCCCCGAACUUCCUCAUGAUCCUCAACAACCCAUUCAGAUCUUACCUCCUCCACCACCUAAACCAUUCCGACCCGGCGAAGCGGCUCGGAUCUUAAAAGCUUCUCAUCUCCCAGCCUUAUCGAUACCCUCCACACCCAUCAAUUCCCGUCCUCCUUCGCCGGAAACCUUUCGCACCUUGUUACCUCCUCUCAAUGUGGACGCUUUCCAGUACGCCUGGCUCGGUCUGGCCGGCAUAUCCACCACCGGUGAUGCCCGAGCGUUCUUACCCCAUGUGGUAAAUGGUUUGCGUAUCCGCUCGGACCGGGUCAAGAUCACAAAUGACGUAAAUCUCUUGGCCGCACCUGCUUUAGACAUAGGUGUUAAACACGUCAUUGCGGUGGUAUGCGGAACCGGUACUGUCGGUCGGACCAUCCGGGUUAAUCAGCCGGUUGCGGGAAGGGCGACACCUGAUUCAGAUACGGGGCGGUGUGUGCCAGAAGUAGGAAGCUUGCCUUUGGAAGAUGUGGCUGUUAGUAGGGGAUGGGGUUACAUGUUGUGUGACGAAGGAUCCGCAUUUUGGCUUGGAAGACUCGCUAUACGCCUUUUACUAUCCUACGCUGAUCGUGUAUCAUCUUGCGCCAUUUACGCUUCACCGCCACCGCCCCAUCUUCCCUUAUACGAUGAACUACUACGUUAUUUCGGCGUGCAAGAUCCAAUGCUUUUGAUCGAACUAACAUCCCUUACUUCUUGGGAGGGAAGUACAGGAGAAGCCGUAGCACGUCGUAAUGCGAUGGUGGCUGGUUCUGCUAGGAUCGUUUUAUCAUGGGCGUUUGACCGUUCGUCUCCACCUUCCCCCCACGCUCUUGCCGAUCCACGUUCACCGGACGAUCCAAUGGAGGCAAGCCGACGCGAAGCUCGAGCGUUGGCGAAGAAAUCUAUUGGACCAAUGAUUGAACUCACCCUGGAUUUAUUAGGUGACGGUAGUACGGUAACACCCGAAGACACCGCUUUGGUUUUAGGUGGAGGAUUAUGGCAAAGUAGAGGAUAUAGGGAUCUUUUAUUGGAAGGUUUAAGGAAACAAGGAGUGGUCUUCAGUCAAGUCAGAGUGGUUCAAGAUGCCGCGGGAGAAGGUGCGAAAGGUUUAGCAAGGGUUGAAUUUGCAUAA